AUGGAAGAACGAACUGACAUUUCAUACUAUAUUGGGAAAGAAUCUACCGAAUCGUUAAAUUUAUUGGAUGUUCCAGUUGGAGGUGGACAAAUUGUUUCCAUUGAUUUGCGAAAUGAAUUAUCGGAUGACCCAUCUGAAUUAAUCCAAUUUUUAACAGAUCAACAAACUGAGAAACAGUACUGGAUUAUAGCAGCAAGUGGAUAUGCAAAAUUAGGGAAAUUGAAAGAGCUGUUGGAAUUUAUCAAUGCAGCUUUAAAAUUGGAUUAUUUCACCGAAAAUGAUAAAAAGUCAUUUGAAAGUUUUGUUAUUUGGCUUUUGGUAAAACAUGUUUAUUUGGGGAUUGAUAAGGAUAACAAUUUGAAUCUUGCUAAAAAGGAAAUAUCAAAGCUAAAUUUCAAAAUCCAAACGGACAGUGAAACAAGCACACUGGUUAGUACUUCAAAUUUAUUAAGUCAGGCGAUUUUGUACUUGUAUGAAUCCAAGGAUGAUGAUGCCAUAGAUAUCUUUGAUCGUAUUUUAAGACUCGAUCCGAAUAAUUGUUUUGCAUUAUUAGGGAAAGCCCAAUCAGUAUUGAAUAAAACGAAAAACUAUUCCCAUGCAUUAAAGUUAUAUCAACAGGUAUUGAUUUUAAAUCCGCUAAUGAAACCAGAUCCAAGAUUGGGCAUUGGGUUGUGUUUUUGGUUUUUAAGAGAUGAUAAAAUGGCCAUAAAGGCAUGGGAGCGAAGCUUACAAUUAGACCCCACCAACGUGAAACUGAGAAUAUUUUUAAAUUUGGCAAAAUUUCACACCACAUUUACCAACUCAUUGAGUGAUGAGGAAUUUUUAGACAACUAUAAAAAUUGUUUACAAGAAUUAAGCAAGCUCAAGAGUUUGAAUGCUGAUGAUACUACAGUGAUUUUGGCUUUGUGUUCAUAUCUAUUCUCUAAAGGUGACUACAACACAGUGAUAAAAAUUGUGGAAAAAAUUGUCAAGAAAAUCACAGGAUCCGACAAUCUCAAAAAGUUUAGUACAUUUUCCAGAAUUACAAAGUAUGAAUCUAAUGUUUUAUCUCAAUGUUCUACAUGGUUAGCCAGAAUAGAAUUCGCAAGAGGUGAUUUUAUACAAUCUUCAAAAUAUUUUCAAGAAGCGAUAAAGUUAAAUGAAUCCAACAUUGUUGCCAAGUUGGGAUUGGGACAGUCGCAAUACAAUCGUGGUUCAACUGAGGAGGCAAGCUUAACUUUUGAGAGUAUUUUACGAAGCAAUGUUAAAUGCCUUGAAGUUAACUACUCUUUAGGUGUUUUAUAUUCCAAGCAAAACUCAAGAAGUAAGAAAGAGAUGGCCAUUCAGGUGUUGGAAAGGUACAUAAGAUUGUCAAACAAUCGUGGAAUAUCUUCGAAUGAAGAAGAAUUUGUGUUGAACAAAGAACCGGUAGCUUUGAACGCAUACUUAAUUUUAAGUCAAUUAUACGAGGAAAAAGGAGAUCUGAUACAGGCAUUGACAUAUUUGAACAAAGCUGUUGAAGCAAGGAAACAAGUCGAAAAAGAUGUUCCGUUAGAAGUAUACAAUAACAUUGGCGUUUUCCAAUUUACCAAACAAAACUAUGACAGUGCCCUUGAUAAUUUCACCGCUGCUUUAGGUAAAUUAGACGGCAGCGAUUUCAAGUCCCCCGAUGGUGACACAUUAGUCGAUUUGCCACAAGAUUUGAGAACAUCUUUGACCUACAAUUUGGCAAGAACUAAAGAAAUCUCGAACCAGAAAGAUGCAUUGGAAACAUAUGAGCAAUUACUUACAGAAUGCCCUAAUUAUUUCUCUGCCAAAUUGAGAAUCUUAUUUUUGAAUUGUUUAACUGAGGGGAUAAGCAAGGAAGAGAUCCGCAAUGAGAUCGAACAGCUUCUAGAGUUAAAUGCUUCUGAUUUGGAAGUGAGGUCGUUUUACGGAUGGUUUAUUAAAAAUUUUGGUAAAAGGUUACAUAUGCCAUCAGAUGCCGACACUAAAUUACAGAAGGAUACAUUGGUUGAGUUUGAUCUGCACGAUUGUUACGCAUUGAUAUCUUUGGCUAACAUUUAUUGCAUCAUGGCAAGAGAUGCGAAGGGGGCAGAUGAGAAAAGGAAGAAAUAUUAUCUCCGAGCCAUUGAGCUUUUCACUAAAGUUUUGUCUUUAGAUUCUAAAAAUGUUUAUGCCGCACAGGGUUUAGCAAUCACCUAUAUUGAGAAUAAGCAAUUAAACAAAGGUUUGGAUAUCUUGAGAAAAAUUAGAGAUUCUUUGAACGAUAUUUCUGUUUACUUGAAUUUAGGUCAUGUGUUGUGCGAUUUAAAACAAUUUGGUAAGGCAAUAGAGAAUUAUGAAUUGGCGUUAGCAAGAUACACUGAUGGGAAAGAUGCCAAGAUUUUGUCAUUCUUGGGUCGUGUAUGGUAUUUGAGAGGGAAUGCCGAGCUGAGUUUGGCAUACUUGAAAAAAGCCUUGGAGUAUGCACAAGCGGCAUUCGAUGCAGCUAGAACUACUUCAAAGGCUGCCCUUUCAUUCAAUAUUUCGUUUGUUCAAUUUCAGAUUGCUGAUUUUAUAACCAAACAGCCGGUUAAUGAACGUAAUGUGGAUGAUAUUGAAAGUGCAAUCGAAGGUUUGAAUAACGCCAUAGACAUUUUAACACAAUUAGCAUCGGACGAAGAAAAACACCCACCUUAUCCAAGGGAAGAGUUGAGAGGUAGAGCAAACUUGGGUACUAGUACCUUGUUGUCCAGAUUGGGUAAUGCGUUAGCAGAAACUAAGGAAAACAAUGCUGAAAUAGAAGAAAAGAUUGAAAAGGCCAAGCAAAUCAGGAUGGAGGAAGAACAAACCAGGUUGAAAGAAGAAGAGGAGAGAUUGAAUAAAUUGAAGGAGAAAGAGUUAGAAAUGAGCAAACAAAGAAUGGCUUUGCAAGAACAAGCACAAAAAUGGGCUGAAGAAAACAGGGCUAGUGUUGGUGUAAGCGAUAAUGAGGACGAGGAAUUAUUCGAGGAAGAAUCUGCUCAGAGAGAAAACAAGAAAAACAAAGGGGGUAAGGGAAAGAAAGGUAAAGGUAGAAAAAAGAAAGGGAAUAUUAUUGACGACAGUGAUGAAGAGCCAGAGCAAAAUGUUACAGAUGACUCUGGAGAUGAAGCAGCCGGAAAUUCUAAUGGCAAAAGAAAAGCAGGAGAUGAAGCCGGUGGUAAGAAAAAGAAGAAACCCCUUUCAUCCGAAUUUAUCCAAGAUAGUGAGGAAGAGUUGGAGGACGACGAUUUGUUUGGUGAUAAUGAUGAAGAAUAA